UAAGUGGCGGUAACGAGGCCGGGUCAACCCAUCCGCGCGGUGGGGUUUCUGGUGCAUUUAAACAUAUACUCGCAGGUCGUUGUGGUGCAUUUAAGGGAGUUUGUUUUUAGUCCAUCCCAGAUUCUGUUUUGGAAUACGCGUUAUAGAUAUCAGGUAAUUAUUGUUAUUCAUAAUUUUGUUUUCUUCUAGAAUAUCACGAGUGAGUCACGUUCAGGGUCAGGUUUAUAUUUUGGAUUCAUUUUUAUUUUAAUACCCACUUUCUUUUUGGGAGAGGACGCGCUCUCCGGUCACGUGGAGCAGCUCUUUGUAAAGGUUAACGCGGCGCGCGGCUCUCCGGGUUUAACCCGUCAGAGUCGCUGUUUGCAGUCUGGAGGAAGGAGCCGCACCGGAUCCGUCCUGGAGACACAUGUGGACAUUUUAAUUUUUUUUUCUUCUUCACUUCUUUGGCUUUUUUUAUUUACGACCUCGGCUCGGACUUGACGGCAGCCAAAAAUAGAAAGAGAGAAACAGGAAAUAAAAGGAGGAUAACGGUGUUGCCAGCCUUUCAUCUCGCAGUCGACUCAAGAGAGACAGACGGACGGAGCGAGAGCGAAGCUCCCCGAGAGACCGGCGCGCCGAGGUAGACGGGCCGACCUACAUCCUGCUGCGUGCCUGGAGAUCUGCGACGCUCCUCUGCCAGCUUAACGUCCACAUCCAACGGCAUAAAGGCGAGAGGGAGAAGAGGAAAUUUGUGCUUUUCUAAGACCGAUCUGAUCCACUUAGGGCGUGUGACGAGUCUGGGCACUAAACCACAAAGCCCCUCGGAGUGAAUAAAUGAGAGUUACUUCUGAGCUCCAGCUGUUCUACAUCUUUUUGGCUAAUUUGGACACUUGAGUCCGCUCCUGUCAACAAUUACACAAAAACUGCAAUAAGCAGAAGAAGAACUUUGCGAGAGAUCCUUUCGAGGUUGUUUUUGGCACCGCCUCCUCCUCUUCUUCCCUUGACCCAGUUCUUUCUUCAACAAACAACAAAAAGGAAACAUUUCAAACUGGCUGCCGCGAGACAAAAAUGGAAAACCUGACAUCAGCUCUCAACACAUUAGACAACAACUCAGGGGACAAUAACUGCGGCGAGACCUUCAGCAGUUAUGAAGAGUCUCUUCCUUCCGCCGAAGGGAGUCCGAAUCGCCUGGGCCGCGCGGCCAAGGGCAAACCCAGCAUGAGCUGCAGGCGGAAGCGCGAGUUCAUUUCGGACGAGAAGAAGGACGCCUGCUACUGGGAGAAGCGCCGCAAGAACAACGAGGCCGCCAAGCGCUCCCGGGAGAAGCGGCGCCUCAACGACAUGGUCUUGGAGAACCGCGUCAUGGCGCUGAACGACGAGAACACGAGGCUCAAGACGGAGCUGCUCCAGCUGAAGCUGCGCUUCGGCCUCAUAAGCACCGCCUCCUACAUUGAAAAGAGCCAGCAGAUGGGCGCCAGCAGCAACGCGGGAAACGGGGGCUCCUCCUCCUCGACCCAGUACUACUCCAGCGGCUACUCCAGCGGUUCUCAGGUGAUGAUGAACUCCGAUUCCUCGGAAACCGAGCAGUCCGGACACGGCGAGGGCCACAGGCAGAUGGUGAAAUACUCCCCGCGCGGCUCCUUGUCGGACAUGUCGGACGGCUCGUCCAGAGACAGCCCGGAGCCGCUUCCUUUCCAGAUCAAACAGGAGGGCGACCGGCUGGAGAUGGACAUCGCCAGUGGCACCACCACACAGAUCAUGUUCAACAUCCACCGCGGUCUGCCCGCGGCGCCCACUCACCAGCAGAUCCAGCAGCAUUCUCAGGAGCUGGAGGCCGCAUAUCACAGCCAACAACAGCAGCAGAACCAUCAACAACAACAACAACAACAGCCCCACCAGGAGCCGGUGACCGCGAACAACGCCGUCAGCCAGCCCGCCCCCCACCCACCGGCUGCCCAGAGGAGCGUCAUUCUGUACGGCUCCAGCAGCGCCUCCUACCCUGUGCACCAGGACAUCGAUGUGCCGGCGGCCCAGAAGCAGACCUGCGUCAGCCGGCUGCCUCCGCCCAUCGCAGAGAGCUCCGCGGAGACACUGGCUGGAGUGAUGGAGCAGCUGGAGAGGAAGACGUUAGACUCCCCUCCAUAUGAGCUCACGGACAGCCGCCAUGAGGGGUACGGCGUUGGCCAACACCACCUGGAGCAGGAGCGGCACCAGCAGGGGAGAGAUCCGUGUCCAGAGAUCCUCCACCAACAAGUGGAGGGGGUCAACCGCUCCUACCUGUACCACGCUCAUCAGCAGCCCCAUCAUCCAUACCUCAGGGCCCAAGACGAGGAGCCGCCCGUGCUUACCUACGAGGGCGGCCACGGAGGGGAGGCUCCCUACCGGGGCCGACCAAACCCCUCGAGCAAGGACGCCUCAUCCAGCGACGGACAUCCCCGCAGCUCCGAAAAAGACGCGUCCACGGACGAUGACGAGUCCCCUUCCUUAUCGUGCUCAGAUCUGGGCAGCUACCACGGCCAACAUGUCGCCAGCCUCCACCAUCCAGCCUCCUCGCGGGGCUGCUCUCAGGCCCAGGGGGAGGUGAAGGGCACGGCGUUGCCCCACAAACUCCGACUCAAACACCGGGCCAUGAGCUCCGGACAGGAAUCCCCGAUGACCCCUCCGUCCGCCACGCCGCCCCCCCUGCCCCAGCACCCUUACUUGUCCCUCACGUCGCAGCUGAGCGUCGUGCGGGAGAGCCCGGCCGGCGGCUUCAAACCGGCGGCCUCGGCGGAGGGGGGCAGGACGGAGAGCGAGAAGAAGGAGACGGGUGGACGAUGAAACAAGAGGCGAGAUUAGGCGACAUUCACUAUGAGAAAAGACGAUGUCUCCUCGAAGAACUACCCUGCCAUCAUGCCUUUGCCCUCUAAUCAACCCCCCUCCUCAAGCCCUUGGGACCUCUCUACUUCCUUAUCGCCCGACAUCGCCAGAGAAAGGCCGGACAUCUUCGAGGGCUGUAUCAUAUUUGUAUAUACUGGACAGAUUUGUCAUUUCUUACAUCCUCUUCAUAUUUACAGAAGCACUUUUUUUUACGUGACGAGAGGAGGAAUGGAACUACCGGCUUCUUCUUUACAUUUGGAUCUCAAACAAGAAUGUAGGACGAGGACAAGUUUCGAGCUUUUUCAGUGCUUUGAAUUUGGUACAUAUCUGACUGUAGACAAACAUACACACGUAUGGCUUAUCCGCCUUAAUCUAAUGCAAACGUACACUGGGGACUUUCCCUCGACCAAAGAAGCACCAACACGACAAACAUCGAGUUCCAUACCUCUUCCCAGACCCUACCUCUACCAACCCUUACGCUCCCCCAACCAUCUCCAUGAUUUCACGAAAGAUUCGCACUCACCCUUUAUUUUGUAAGCACUUGGUUUGUAUAUUACUGUGAUAUAUGUAUCGACUAUAAAUAUAUAUAUUUUACAAAGAAAUUUGAAUACAAAAUUCAACGAAAAUGCGAACCACGCGCCCGCCAAUGGUGAAAGGGUUUUUUGAAAGUGACCAUCCUAUUAUGAUUCACAAUUACUGUACAGCCAUGUCGUCCACUGUUUGCUACAGGACCCAUUCGAAUUAAGACAAAAACGCCUCUUGAUUGUUAAGCUUCAGCAUUAAUCAUUUGUUAAUGCCCUGUUGACGCAGAAAUGUCCGUCCGGCUUGGAGCGCCAACAGCACUGAAUGGAGAACGCGUGGUUUCCUGAGGUGAAGGGCCUCAUUGGGAUGUUGGGAUUACGUAACCUUUAACCAGCCUUUAAAUCUUCGGUGGAAUUCACCAGCUGCAGGGCUCCACGGCUUUUACUUUAUUUGACCUUUAUCGAAACAUAUCACUGUAGAAAAGCCCGCGGGAACGUAGACGGAGACUCUGUACAGACCUUUUUAGAGAUACAUCCGGCGGCCUUGAGCUUGAACUGUAAUGGAGGUAUGGGAUACUUGGGGGAGGAGUUACGGUCCGAUUCAUUUAAACGUGAACGAGUUCCUCUUGUGUAACCCUGACCCUCAGGAGAGUUACUGCACGUUAAUUGAAGGUUUUGGACCAAGGCCCAACAGGACCCUCGAGGUUUCCAUUGGCUCCCCAGAUAGACGAGUGAAACUAAAAGCUACUGCAAACCCCCAAAUUCUUUAAUCCCUGAAUUUGUGCCAGCGUCCCCUUUUAAAUUGCCCGGCAACAAUCUGAGUGAAUGAAAAUGGCCUCCCAUGUGUCCUGCAUGCCUCCAUUCAUCAUUUCAGGCGUCGUUCAUCCCUCUCUCGUGGUAGCUCGUCCACCGCGUGGCGAUGAAUUGCUUCGCACUGGAUUCUAGUUUAGCAAAAGUCUAUGUACCACGUUUGGCUUUCUGGGGUAUUUGUGUAUAAAUGUAAAGUCCCCCCCCGAACAACACUGUAAUGUUUAUUUCAUUGGUUUUAUAUCCUCUUCUUUUAUCGUCUAGGUGUCGUUCUGUUUCCUCUAGACUGUGUCUUUUCUCCUCUUGACUGUGAUGACAUGUAUUUUGCCUCAUCCUCCCCCCACCCCCACCCCACCACCUUUUUUCAGUGUAUUAAUCAGUAAUGUUUGUGGUUUUGCUGAUGGUUUUAUGAAAAAGAUGAGGAAAAAAGAAAAAGAGAGAAAAGCAGGCAGAGAUGGUGUGGUGUUUAGAUCUGGGCGGUGGUCGGUCUGGUUGGUCAUCACCAUUGCUUCUUUUUGACAUAAAUAUGUAUGUAAAGACACUAAUGUUCAUUGUGGAAGAUGGGAGCAUUUCAAGAUUGACAAAAAGAAAAUAAUAAUAAAGAGAGUGUUGGCCCUGUCGACAUACCGUGAACACG